AAUGCGUAGAGGUAAAAAAUGAGACUUGAAGUUGAACAAGUUUGGGGCUAAUUUAUAAUAACUCAAGUGUUUUAUUUAAUUUAUAGAACAACAAAACAAAACUGGAGCCUGUGAGAUUUCUGAAACAAUUGAUCAUCUUCAUCAGCAAUGGGAAACUGUCUAAAGUCUCUGAAAGAACAACAACCUCCUCCUUCAAUUUCUCCCAAGCCUCUCAUCAAUCCUCUAACUUCUGUGGUGGAGUCAGAAAAGGAGAAUUUGAGAGAGUUAAGCUUUGCGAAAUUGAGCAAGGCAACAAAGAAAUUCAGACAAUACAAGAUCAUAAAAGGUAAUGAUAAUGGCUGCUGUAUUCGAACAUUCUACCAAGGCUACAUCAAUGAGACAACCUUUGCUCCAUCAAAAACUGGAAUCGCUGUUUCUGUCAUGGAAUGUUAUCAAGAUAGUUCGCAGACUCUACAAGACUGGAAGAAAGAAGUGAAGUCUCUUGGACGUAUUUCUCAUCCCAAUUUAGUCAAACUUUUAGGUUAUUGUUGUCAAGAUAACAAAUCAUUCUUAGUUUUCGAAUACUUGCACAGAGGAAGUUUGGACAAUCACAUAUUCGGAAAAGAAGGAGAAGCAUUGCCGUGGGAAAUACGCGUUAAGAUAGCCAUUGGAGCAGCUCAAAGUAUUGCAUUUCUACAUUCGGUCAAGAACAGCUCACUAUAUAGAGAACUCAGAAUGUAUAACAUUUUGCUUGACGAGCACUACAACACAAAAUUGUUCUAUCUUGGAUCAAAGAGGGUAGGUUUGUUAGAAGGAACUGCAUUCAUAGGAAGAACUGUGUAUAUAGCUCCUGAAUAUAUAAUAUCAGGUCAUUUGGGAACAAAGACUGAUGUGUAUACAUUUGGUGUGAUCUUGUUUGAGCUUUUAACUGGUUUGAAAGCUUCAUACUGUAAACAUAAUGAGAACAUGCAAAGCUUACAUGUCUGGACUAAACCUUUCUUGUCUGAUCAAUGUAAAAUCCGGGAAAUCAUCGAUCCUCGACUUGGGAACAGUUAUCCUAUGAAUGCAGCGACACAGAUGGGAAAACUCAUCAAAAGAUGCAUCAAGAUGGACACUAGCAAACGACCAUCUAUGCAACAAGUCUUGGAUAGGUUGAAUGAUAUAGCAGAGAUCAAAGAUUAAUAAUGCGUAGAGGUAAUGAGAUUUGAAGUUGGACAAGUUUGGACCUACUUUGUAAUCAUUCAGUGGUUUAUUUAUGGAUUAAUCUGAUUGUGUAUCUGAAUUUUUAUAGGAAAUUUGAAAUUUUUAGACAACUAAA